GCCAAAGAGACACCGCCGCUUGAGGGCCUUUCCAUUUCACAUUUCCUGUCGUAAGCUUGGGCAGUGGCUUAGUGAAGAAGACGAUGGGCUGGAACCACCCACACAUCUCCUUGGAGCAACUCUUGAAUCUGAUCAAAGGUUUUGUAGAUAUACUGCUUCUGCUUUCUGGGUAUCAAUCCUCUGGUCGCCUUGCCCACUGGGACUCCCACAACAUCAAAAAAGCCUUCCAAUGGGGGCUCUUCUUUGAGAAGGUCCUUGGAAGUUUUGGCUGCUCAGAUGAUUAUGUGGGCUCUAUGGAGGAACUUGAUGCAGCUCUAUCUGAAAUGACAUCUGCUGCUUCUCUUCCUAAGGGGCUUGCACAUCUUUCAUCUGCUACUCUUACUACUGCACGGGGCUUUGUGUUAGAACAUCUCAUUCAUACCUUGCCUUUGAGGGAUGCACAUCUCAGAGCUUUGCUGAUGGCAACUGUAGAGAUGGAUCUUGAAGAGUUAUCAGAAACUGAGCAUGAUAUUCUGAAUGCAUACUUCAACAAGUUGAAGUUGCAGAAUACAACGCUUCAACGAAGCAUUGCACCAGCUACAAAGAUUGAAAAUUGCGCCGGUGAUGGUUUCACCAAGUAUGUGGUGCAAGAGCUCUUGAAGCGGUGGUCUAAAGUUUCUUUAAUAUCAGCGGUUGAGGCAGGCUUAGAUGUUCUUUCUCAAAAUGUUAGACACAAUAGUUGGAGCGAGUUUGAUGAUAGCUUGUUAAAAGAACAACUAAAGCAUGAAAAUGCUCCAGAGAUUGUAGAGUGGUUGGUUGGUUCUCUGACAUGGAACCGUUGGAAAUCAAAGAAUCUCUCCUAUUUUCUUGAUAAGAGAACUAUUCAAUUAGUGUCCGGUGCCAGCAUGAUAUUUGCUGCCUCUAAGAUUCAGUGGGUACAAAUUUUUGAACGGCUGAAUUUGAAUGUUUCAGCAGGUUGCAGUGAUGAUGGUCUGUGCGAAACAAUUGAGCUCUUGUUACUAGGGUGCAUUACAAGCAGAUGGACUUCUCUAAUUGAACAAUUGGUGUCAGUUUCUUAUGAUUGCAAAAAUAUCUCGGAGCAAUAUCAUGACGUGUGCAACUUACUUUUUGGAAGAUCUACAGCUCCUAUUUCUAAACAGGAAGCAGUGAGUACAAAGGAUAGUGACAUUCUCGAGUAUUUGAGUGGACUGCUGGGAAGUCAGCUGCAUCAGUUGUGGAAAAUAUCCCCAUCCCUUGUAGCCGUUGCAAUUCCAUCCUGGUCACCCUUGUUUAGACUUUAUUUGAGCGAAAUUCAGAUUCAGUUUAGAGGAGAGUUUUCAACAAUGAGAUGCUGCGACUGUGCUCAUGAUAUGAAGGAGCACAAUGACUGUGAACUUGCUGAGAGAAUUUGGUGCCUUUACAUUUUUCAUGUUUGUGGCUCACAUCUAAUUGCCCGAAGUCGUGAUGGUGAUUAAAUGUUUCAGUAUCAGGUAUGGCCGGUGGGAACUUUUGAUGUAAGAGUCUACCUCAUCCCACGUGUGACGUAUAUUCUUCCAGGAAAGUUCACUAUCAAGAGCCUUUGAUUGAAACAGUAGCCAAAUACAACAGAUAAUCACAAGCAGCUUUUUAGAGACGAUCCAUUCAAAAAGUUUUGUAUCACUUGACUGACAUUACAUCACUAGA